GCCAAGUAGGCAUGUCCACAGAGCUGAGUAACUGUACACUGUUCUACACGGCAGCUAGACUUACCAUAUUUAUAUGUUAAUUUGACCAUACUCUUACAAAUGUAAUCGUUAGAUUAGGUUAACCCGCGGUCAAGAGGGAAGUUCAGAAACUGCGUCGCUUUUAAACUCUCCGUUGUCUUCUUGUUGUUGCUGCUGAAGCUAGGAGAUACAUAAUGACUUCACUAACUCUAAACGGAGUGACGGUUAAUUUUCCUUUUCCUCCUUAUGACUGUCAGAGAGACUACAUGAGCAAAGUGGUGGAGUGUCUUCAGAAGAGGGUGAACGGGGUCCUGGAGAGUCCCACAGGUACAGGUAAGACGCUGUGCCUGCUGUGUGCCACCCUGGCAUGGAGGGAGCACUUCAAGGACACCAUCUCUGCUCGUAAGAUAUCAGAGAAGCUGGGCGGAGAGGAGAUGUUCCCAAACACACCCCUGGCAUCCUGGGGGACGGCUGCUACAGACGGAGACACACCAACCUACUACACAGAUGUGCCAAAGAUCAUUUAUGCGUCCAGGACUCACUCUCAGCUGGCACAAGUGAUCAACGAGUUAAAGAACACCUCAUACAGACCAAAGGUGUGUGUGCUCGGCUCUAGAGAGCAGCUGUGCAUCAACCAGGAAGUGAUGCGUCAGGAGAGCAACCACAUUAAGGUCCACAUGUGCAGAGCCAAGGUUUCCACCAGGUCAUGUGUCUUCUACAAUAACGUCGAAGAGAAGAGCACCGACAGAGAAUUGUCUAAUUCUAUCCUUGACGUGGAAGAUUUGGUCAAAUAUGGCAACAAACAAAGGGUCUGUCCUUACUACCUCUCCCGUUCACUGAAGCAACAAGCAGACCUGAUUUUUAUGCCGUAUAAUUACCUGCUGGAUCCAAAGAGCCGCAGGGCGCACAACAUCGAGCUGAAAGGAGCCGUGGUCAUUUUUGAUGAAGCUCAUAACGUGGAGAAAACAUGCGAAGAAUCUACCUCAUUCGACCUGACGCCUUACGACCUAGCUUCAGCGAUUACAGCCGUGGACCGUCUGCUGGCCGAGCAGGCUAAAGACGUCGGCAUAUCAGAUGACUUUAACGUAGAGUCCCUCAGUUCUGGCUUAAAACUAGACAUACAAUCUGUUGCUAAAAUCAAACAGAUUCUGCUCGAUCUGGAAGCUGCUAUCGAUUCCUACGAUGUACCAGGCGACAAAGGCAUCACAAAACCAGGAAUCUUUAUCUAUGAGCUGUUAGCGCGAGCACACCUGACCUACGACACUAAGACGCCUGUUUAUGAAGCUCUGGAGCAGAUCAGCGGAUAUUUAGCAGGACAGACUGGAUUAUUCCUGAACACAGGCGGACUACAGAAGCUCUCCGAUAUCAUACAGCUGGUGUUUUGUGGUGAACCAGCAGAAAAGGAUCGACAACUGAGGAUGCAGUCCAACACGGCUCAUUUUAAGGUUCAUAUCCAUCAAGACAACAGCCAUCAGAAGAGGAAGAACACUGAUGUCUGGGCUUCAUCUUCAUCAAAGAAACAAGGAAACAUUCUGAGUUACUGGUGUUUCUCUCCGGGCUUCAGCAUGCAGGAUCUGAAGAAUCAGGAAGUCCGCUGCAUCAUUCUGACAAGUGGGACGCUCUCCCCGCUAACAUCAUUCACCUCUGAGAUGAGAAUAGAAUUUCCGGUGACUCUGGAGAACAGCCACGUCAUCGAGCGUGAUCAGAUCUUUGUGAGCGUGAUUGAUCGAGGUCCGGAUGGGGCGGAGUUGAGCUCAGCGUUUGACAGAAGGUUUGUUCCUGAAAACAUGUCGUCUUUAGGAAACACUGUUGCCAAUCUGAGCCGUGUGGUUCCUCACGGCCUCCUGGUGUUUUUUCCCUCCUUUCCUUUAAUGGAAAAAACUCUGGAGUUCUGGAGAGCUAACGGACACGCAGAUCGGAUAGAGAAUUUGAAGCCCAUGUUCGUUGAGCCUAAAGGAAAAGGCACCUUUAAUGAGGUUAUUGACGGAUAUUACAGCAAAGUCAAUGAUGAAACAUCCAAAGGGGGGUCGUUUUUCGCCGUAUGCCGAGGAAAGGCCAGUGAGGGUCUGGAUUUUGCAAACACCUUCGGUCGUGGAGUCAUCAUCACCGGCCUUCCUUUCCCUCCAAAGAUGGACCCACGGGUCAUCCUGAAGAUGCAGUUUCUGGAUGAGAUGAGCAGAAAGAAAGUUCCUGGAAUGAAGUACCUCUCUGGUCAGGAGUGGUACCGGCAGCAGGCUUUCAGGGCCGUAAAUCAGGCCAUUGGUCGAGUCAUUCGCCACAAAGAAGACUAUGGAGCCAUCUUCCUGUGUGAUCAGAGGUUUAAAGGCUCGUCUGCCCGGGCUCAGCUUCCAUCAUGGGUCAGGCCUUAUGUUCGUCUUUACGACAGCUUCGGGAAUAUUGUCCGUGACGUUUCUCAGUUCUUCAGAGUCGCACAGAAGCUGAGACCGUACGUAGAGAAGAAGGCUCCAGAAAAGAGCUGUGGAGCCUCGUGGGAACCCAACACUCAGUCCUCCAUCUUCUCUUCCUGCCCCUCUUCCCAAAGCUCUAGCGCACAGAAAGCCAAGGUGCUGGACACCCACCUGCCCAGUCUGAAGAGGAGGAGACUCAAUGAAAAUGCUGGAGCCACUGGGAUGGCCCGAAUCUGUAUCGAGUAUGAACAUGAAGUUCAGGAGAGCCACCGUAGACCGGUCAACCUGCUGGAUGCUCUGGAGCGAGGAGACCACUGCAGCAGAGACGACGGAGAUUCUGCUGUGGGAGAGGAGCGGGCAAACCGUUUAUCCACGCUGUCUCUUCAGUAUGACAAAAGGAUGGAAGAUGAGCUGCGGGGAGGCAAAAGGAAAAUCAAAUUGGUGCAAGAGCAGAAAAAGAGCGUGUCGGCAGAUGUUUCUGAUGAAGUUAAAGCCAGCAGGGCGAGGAGCUUCUUGGCAGACAUGAAGAAAUGUCUCAGCCAGGUGAACUUCGACCGUAUCGUCCAGGCUCUGCAGACGUACAAGAAGACGGACGACCUCGAUGCUCUGCUGAUGCAGACUGCUGUUUUGACCGAAGACGCUAACACUCACAGUCUGCUCCGGGGCCUCUACCAGUUCAUUCGUCCUCACCAUAAGAAGAAGUUUGAUGAAAAAUGCGUGGAGCUGACGGGUCAGGGCUGUGGAUACAAACCAGAUCACUCUCUGGCAAAGGACGUGAAGAAAGCCCUGCUGCAAAGCGCUUCAGACAAACCUCCUGCUGUGGGUCUCGCCUCCUCAGGUGUGACGUCUACCUGCUCUCAGCUGAACACACAACAGCUCAACCAAGGAGGACAACACCUGAGCCAGCAGGGGUUAAGGGAACCGCAGAAGCUCAAUGAACAGCAGAAAGGUUCUGCUCCCAAAAAUGAAGCCCAUGCUGCUUUUCUAGCUGAUGUGAAAAAAUCUUUGGGAGCAGAAAAGUCGUCUCAGCUCUUUCAGGCCGUUCUAAACUACAAGAAAACAGACAGCUACGAGAGCCUGGUGAGCACCGUGGUGAGCUUAUUAACCGAGAAAGACGAGGACUUCAGCCUGCUCGUCCGAUUUGGCACGUUUAUUCGCCCUCAUCAUAAGAAACAGUACAAAGAGAUGCUGGACGCUCUGAUUGGUCAGCCCGUCUCUGCUGCUGAGGUUCCUGCUGCUGUGAGUGAAGAGCAGCAAGAAAACGUUUUAUCAUCGCCGCCUCUCAAGACACAAAGCAAGAUUUCCAGUUUCUUCUCGAGCAGCCAGAGAAAAUAGAAAUAAAAUGUAUUUUUAAAAAGGAAAACUCAGUUAAGUUUCUGCUGAACGAGCCGGACCGGCUUCAUUUUGGAACCUGGCUUCAUCCCCGUCUGGACACUGAAAACAAAUCUGCUGCAGAAUAGACGAACUCUCUGAUCUGCAGAUUAAAAUAUCAAACUACCACUAAAAUCAACUGAACUCUGUGGUAUCUUUAUGUAUUUGAAAGCAGCGCUCAACUCUGAGCCAUAGCAUUUUAUAUUUUACCUUUAUGAAAGUGCACAGACUAUUCUGUAUGAAAUGAAUGUGAAAAUAAUGUUGAAGAUUAAACUAUUUUUAUUAUUUUUCUAUUUUAUUAAAUUAAAAUUGAGUUCA